AUGUCAGUCCGCAGCUGCAUGUCGAGCCUCUCCCGUCAGCUGCCGCGGCCCAAAGCUAUUCGGCUAUCGAAAGUCAUUUGCAGUUACAAUGGCCAGCAGAAGUCGUCAAUGGCCAGUGCGGCACCUCCAGUAAUGCAGAAUUCUCAUGGAGCCAAAGGGCCUACCGCAAUGGUCUUCAUGAACAUGGGCGGUCCUUCGACAACUGAAGAGGUGGGUGACUUCCUCAGUCGGCUUUUCGCAGAUGGCGAUUUGAUUCCUCUGGGAAGACUGCAGUCAUACUUAGGGCCGUUGAUCUCGCGCAGGAGGACACCCAAAAUUCAGAAGCAGUACGCCGCGAUUGGUGGAGGCUCUCCAAUCCGCAAAUGGUCCGAGUACCAAUGCAGUGAGAUGUGCAAAAUCCUGGAUAAGAUCUCUCCUGAAACAGCACCUCAUAAACCCUAUGUUGCCUUCAGAUACGCCAAUCCAUUGACCGAGCAUAUGUAUACUCAACUCCUCGAAGAUGGCUUUGGUGGCGGUAGAGGAGGAAGAGCAGUGGCAUUCACACAAUAUCCACAAUACAGCUGUUCCACUACUGGAAGUUCCUUAAAUGAGUUAUGGAAAUGGCGCAAUCGACUUGAGGGACCUAGAGCUACAGGAGAGUCCAAUCCACCCGGGUCGAUUACCUGGAGCGUGAUAGAUCGUUGGCCUGCCCACUCCGGACUUGUGGAGGCAUUUGCACAAAACAUCGAAGACAAACUUGCCGAGUACCCAGAAGAACGCAGGAAGGAAGUGGUCCUCAUAUUCUCUGCACACAGCUUGCCCAUGAGCGUAGUGAAUCGAGGAGAUCCCUAUCCAGCUGAAGUUGCAGCAACGGUGUAUGCAGUUAUGAGUCGACUAAAGUUUUCUAACCCAUAUCGACUCAGCUGGCAGUCGCAAGUUGGACCAUCGGCAUGGCUGGGAGCCCAAACAAGUGAUACGGUAAAAGAGUACGUCAGUCGGGGUCAGACAGACUUGAUUCUAGUGCCUAUCGCGUUUACAAGCGACCAUAUUGAGACCCUGUACGAGUUAGACCAAGAGGUGAUGCAUGAAGAUGCACAAGGCAACCCAGGAGUGAGACGAGCGGAGAGCUUGAAUGGAAGUCCGGUAUUCAUUCAAGCACUAGCAGACAUUGCUCACGAACAUCUACAAAGCGGCGUGAGCUGCUCGCGACAAAUGGGAUUGAGAUGCCAAGGUUGCAAGAGUGAACGAUGCCUGGAGCAAAAGAAGUUCUUUGCAGGAGAGCAGGCCAAAAUACUACCCACUGUUCGAUAG